AUGCCAAAUGAAGGCGAGUCUCAGUAUGACUUUCCAAAAUCAGAUACCGGCUCUUUUGACUCAGAGCUCGAUGGUAUUGAUGGGGAAGAUCCUGUUGUUGUGUGCGGAUUCUCUAUCAAAUUACCACAAGAUGCAACCAAUGCAGACAGCUUCUGGAAAGUCAUGAUGGACAGGCGCUGUGCGAUGACAGAGUUUCCUCAUGAUCGAAUGAAUGUCAACGGCUUCUUCCAGCAAGAACCAGGCCAGAGUACGAUACCUGUUCGUGGGGGCCACUUCUUGAAAGAAGAUGUUAAAGCAUUCGACGCUGGCUUCUUUUCGAUUUCUGCUGCGGAGGCUGCUUCAAUGGAUCCAAUGCAGAGAAUGCUGCUUGAAGUAUCAUAUGCAGCACUUGAAAACGCUGGUAUUACAAUGCAUGACAUAUCCGGCUCGCGCACCGGUGUCUAUACAGGCAGUUUUGGCAUCCAAGAUCACACGCUGCAAUUGGCUCGAGAUCCGGAAUGUUCUCCAAUCCAUGCAGCUGUCGGCUCUGGGUUGAGCAUGCUGGCGAAUCGCAUCAGCUGGUUCUACAAUCUACACGGUCCCAGCAUUGGUGUUGAUUCCGCGUGUUCUAGUGCGACAAUGGCCAUCGAUAUAGCAUCCCAGGCACUAAUCACUGGAUCCUGCGACAUGGCCAUGGUGACGGGCUGCAAUAUGGCCAUGUCGCCUGAGUUCUACACUUGGCUAAGCAAUAUGGAUUUUCUGUCGCCUGACGGUCGGUGUCAUUCCUUCGAUCACCGUGCGAAUGGGUACGCCCGAGGUGAGGGAAUAGGCGUGGUCAUUCUAAGCAGGCUUUCACGUGCACUCGCAAAUCAAUACACAAUCCGUGCCAUCAUCCGAUCAACAGGGUCCAACGAGGACGGCCGAACCCCGAGCAUUACGUACCCCAGUCGAACUGCCCAAGAACGUCUUAUCACAGAGACCUACAGCAAAGCCAGACUUUCCAUGAAAUACACAAGAUUUUUCGAGGCACAUGGCACGGGUACUGCUGUUGGCGACCCUCUUGAAGCAGAGGCUAUUGGCUCUGUGUUUCGAAAAUAUCGCAGCGUUGAAGAACCACUCUACGUCGGUGCCGUCAAGUCAAACAUCGGUCAUCUUGAAGGUGCGGCUGGUCUGGCUGCCCUUGUGAAAACGAUUAUGGUCCUUGAAAGAGGCAUCAUACCACCCAACACCAACUUCGAAAAGCUCAAUCCAAAAAUUGACGCGGAUUUCCUCAGACUCAAGUUCCCAUUGGAGUGUCACAGUUGGCCUUCCACAGGCGUAAGGAGAGCUUCGAUUAACUCGUUCGGUUACGGAGGCGCCAACUCACACAUUGUCGUUGACGAUGCUGGUAGCUACCUUCGACUCCGAGGACUUGAAGGAAGACACUGCACGCAUUUGUGCCCGGAUCAAACAAGUAGCCCGAUGUCCCAAAAGACUCACAAUUCGGUCGUGGUAGAUAAACACUCAACAAAACUUGUUGUGCUUUCUGCAAGCGACGAGAAUGGCAUCGCAAGAAUCAGUCAAGGGUAUCAGGAAUGGAGAUCCUCAAGUCAGAAAGACCCUCAAUUUCUUGAUAAUCUAGUAUUUACACUUGAUAGUCAUCGCACUCACUUACAGUGGAGAUCAUUUGCUCUACUUCGAUCGUCGUCGGAGUUACAAGAGCUUUCUACACACUUGUCAGAACCGAACCGAGUUCGGACAUCACCCCCGCGACUUGGAUUCAUUUUCAGUGGACAGGGCGCUCAGUGGGCUACCAUGGGGAAAGACCUGAUGAAUUAUCCCUCUUUCUUGGCAGAUCUUGAGCAGGCAAGCAGCUUUCUGAAAAGCGUAGGAUGUCAUUGGGAAGUUGUCGAGGAGCUUCUCAAACCUGCGACUGCAUCAAAUAUUGAUAAUGUAGAAUUCAGUCAGACGCUCUGCACAGUUCUGCAAAUUGCUCUUGUGAAUCUACUACGAAAGUUCCAUGUUCUACCUUCAGCAUCAGUGGGGCAUUCUUCUGGAGAAAUAGCAGCCGCGUAUUGCGCUGGGUAUAUAACCCAGGAAUCGGCGUGGAAACUGGCCUAUUUCAGAGGGCUUUGCUCUGCCAAGAUGCAAAGCCAGUCUGUAACAAAAGGCGCCAUGAUGGCAGUCGCAUUACCAGAGCAAGAAGCUGGCGAUUUGAUCAGCUUGUUCAACGAGAGAAGCCACUCAUUUGGUUUAUCAAUCGCCUGUAUCAACAGCCCACACAAUGUCACAAUAUCGGGUGAAGAAGUGCUGAUUGAUGAGCUUAAAGCUCUUAUGGACGAGCGUCAAGUAUUUUCGCGCAAGCUUCGAGUGUCGGUUGCAUACCAUUCGCCUCAAGUCAACAUUGUCGCAGCUGAGUACGAGUCUAUGAUUGGAUCAAUACAAGAAGGGGCAAGAUCUGAUCAUAUACCAAUGAUCUCGAGCGUCACAGGAGAAUCAAUAGAUCCUCAGAGUGCUAGCAACGCAAAGUACUGGGUCAAAAACAUGGUUUCCCCUGUACGUUUUGCGCACGCUGUGACCUUCCUCUGUCAAGAACCAACAUCGUGUCUCGUGGAGAAGGGAGAUGGAAGUCACACGCACAAAACCGUGGUGGAUCAUCUUAUUGAGAUAGGCCCCCACUCUGUGCUGCAAGGGCCUCUACAGGAGAUUCUCAAGACCGUACCACGUGGCAAGGGUGUCGGUUACAGCUCAGUGAUGCGGAGAGGUAGCUCGGCUGAAAAUUCGAUGCUCAAAUGCAUGGGAGAGCUACACUGCAUGGGUCUUGGCGUGAACUUGAGGGCUGUCAAUGCCUUUCAGUUUGACUGCCCCAAGAAGAACCGGUAUGCAUUACUUGUCGACUUACCUGAGUAUCCUUUCGACCAUUCCAGAAAGUACUGCAGUGAAAGCCGUGUAAGCCGCGAGUAUCGCCUACGCAAAAAUGCACCGCUCAGGCUCCUUGGCGUCCGUUCUCAAGAAUGCGACCCCUCUUGCAGCCGUUGGAGGAAUUUCAUCCGUACCUCCGAAGUUCCGUGGGCAGAACACCAUGUAAUUGAGGGCAAGGUCUUAUAUCCGGCUUCUGGCAUGCUUGUGAUGGCAAUUGAGGCGUCAAGACAGCUUCUGGAGACCUCAGAAAGGUCUAUCGAUGGCUACGCCCUCAGAAAUGUUCGAUUUGAGGCUCCUAUGGAUCUAAGCGAGAACCAUGGUGUACUGGAGGUCCAGACCUCUCUCAAGCGUGUCACAGAUGAGAACAGUAUGCCAUCAUUCCAUUUCACCAUACAUUCUUACUCAGCUUCAGACUGGAUCCUGAAUUGUUCUGGCUGGAUCGAUGUUGGACUGUCCAGCCGGACAAAUGACACAUGGGCAGGCCAAAGAUCUGCACAACAGCAAAUGGAUAUUGUUGCGGAGCUUACAAUUUUGGCAGAUACUUGUCGGGCCUCUGUCGAGCCCCAAACGAUGUUUGACGCUUUAAGAGACUCCGGCUUAGAAUAUGGGCUAAAGUUCCAAGAAUUGCAGCAAGGUCCUAUCUUCUUCGACAAUGAAAACAAACAAGCUUUCUCAGAGCUCAAAGCAUUCGAGGACAGUGAUGACAAGCACGGCUACAUUGUCCAUCCUGUCACCUUGGAUGCAAUACUGCGUCUCUCUUACACAAGCUUCACGUCUGGCGGCUCGCGAAAAAUGCCAACCAGUAUUCCUACUGGCAUCGGCUUUAUGUGGCUAUCUCACCGAAAGUCGCUGGGACACCUUGAAAUGAAGGCCAUGAAAGCCUGCAGUCAAAUCACUGAUGUCACGAGAAGAGGCUUUUCAUGCAGUGGUGGGGUCCUAACCACCCAGCGCGAGUCUGCAACGGAGCUGGUGUUGCGUUUUCAUACACUGCAGAUGACAAACAUCGCCAACUCUCCACCAGCUGAUCCCGUUUUGUCCAAUGGUAAUCCGAGGCAGUGCUGUAUGGAGAUCGAAUGCAAGGUCUCCCUUGAUAAAACCGAUUGCUCCAAGCUACAGGCACUCCUUGACAACUUGCACCCAGCCCAGAACCAACUAGCCAGUCAGAAUGGCGAGCUUUCUUUACUGACAGAAUUGUCUCUGGUUCUCUUAGAGAAACAGUUUGAUCCAUCAAUACUUGAUGGAACUCAUGAGCUCUGGAAACGAAGGUACUGGCAGUGGGCAAGUCAUCACCUUGGAAUUGUUCAUCACAAACGGUCUUGGAGUGAAGCUGAGGUUUCUUCAUUGUUUGAAGAACUCCGCCAGCGUCUGCUGAGCAGAGAUCACGCCGGGCGGCUGUAUGCGACUGUUGCUUCCAAGCUCACCGGCUUCUUGCAGGGAUCUGCAAACCCACUUGAGGAGCUCUUGCACACUGGUCUGCUCAGAAAUUGCUAUGAAGAGUGGUCACGAUAUAGAUGCUCUCUCCAGGCUGCAUCAUACAUGGACCUUUUGGCCCACCAGCGCCCCGGAAUCACCAUCCUUGAAGUUGGAGGCGGCACUGCCGCAACCACGAGAAACUUCCUGGGCACACUUGGUAAUGGAAGCAGCCUUCGCUGUAAGCGAUAUGACUUCACAGACAUAUCAUCGGCUUUCUUCGCUCACGCCCGUGAAGAGUUCUCCCAGUAUCAGUCACAGAUGUCAUUCAAGACAUUGGACUUGGAGAAGGAUCUCACCAGCCAGGGGUUUGAAGAAAAUAGUUACGACGUUGUAGUAGCUGACAAUGUUCUACAUGUUCCCGAGAGCUUAGCUACAACGCUCAAGACUGUACGCAAAGCCCUCAAACCCAAUGGCAAGCUCAUCAUGCAAGAGAUCAUGAAGCCGGAUGGAUGGACAGCUGGUUUUGUAUUUGGAUUAUUUCCUGGUUGGUGGCUCGGUGUCGACGAUGGCCGCCAGUUGUCCCCCAAUAUUGGUGUCUCUGACUGGGAUACGCUUCUUCAAAGUCAUGGCUUCUCCGGUGUUGACUUUUUAUUUCGGGACACGGAUGACGAAGAAGCACACCAUAUGGGAUGGAUCAUAUCCACGGCGGUGGCUGACACUCCUGCUCCACAACCUUCGCUGGCAGCAAGGCAGCAUUCUAUGAUCGUUAUCCUAGACAAGAUGGACCCCCUCCAGUAUUUAUUGGCUGAGGGUAUUGAACGCCAACUGAUGUGUUCCUCCGAGCCCAGGCCGACUAUUCUUUCCCUCGAUGAAGCAGCAGAUGCUCUCGGAAGCAACGCAUUUGAUGGGCUGGUGAUCCUUCUGGACUGCGGAACUCGAUCGUUGUUGGCUUCAGUCGACCUUGGAACAACGUGGAGUUCCUUGAAACAACUGAUUAUGUCAUGCCAAGAUCUGCUCUGGGUAACUGGUGGCGGGGGCAAAAGCCAUAACGUCAGCCCCAGCCAUGGAAUGCUAGAUGGUUUCGCCCGGACCUUGCGCUCCGAGAACUAUCUCCUCCAUUUAGUUACUUUGGAAUUGGAUCUUGGAGAAGAAGCGUCAGAGUGCUUAUCGGAGCAUCAAGCCAAUCAUCUGUCUGCUGUGGUGUACGAGAUGCUUUCCAGAAAACAUGAUGGAAGAUACGAACAGGAAUAUGUCGAGAUCGAUGGACUGUUGCACACGCGCCGAGUAGUCGAGGCACCAUCGUUAAAAGGUCAGAUCGAAUCGCGAUUGAUGCCUUACCAAACGAUCCAAGCAAGACCAGAUGGUCAAAUUCGCUUUGAGGCAACAACCACAGGAGCUGAACACAGGUUGCAGUAUGUUCAAUCCAUCGAUGACCAGGAAGAAGAAGAAGAAAGACUGAACGCGGAUGCUGUUGAGAUCCAAGUCAAGGCUGUUCGACUACAGCAUCGAGACAAAACCAGCUUGAUGGAAGCCGAAGACAAGCCAGACCUUGGCAGCUAUUGUUCAGGAACCAUUACACAUGUCGGUCUCAACGUUUCGAAGUUCAAGACAGGGGAUCGCGUGAUAGCAUCGCAACAUGGGUCUUUUCGUUCUCACGUCCGGGCGCAAGCCCCGUUAGUUGCGAAGCUCCCGUCUGAUUGGACAUUCACUGAUGCUUGUCAGAUGAUCCCACAGAUGGUGGUCGCUUACCAUGCCCUCGUUGAGAUAGGCCAAGUCAAGGCCAGCGACUCAAUACUGAUUCAUAAUGGCGCAAAUCCAAUAGGCAGAGCAGCUCUGCAGCUUCUAGUCAGAUCGCGUGUUGACCCCAGUGGACUCUGCGUCUCUGUUGGGAAUGAAGAUGAGGCUGCAAAAAUCAUGGGAGACUCAAGCCUUCCAUUCGACAACAUUGUGCCUCAAAGCUGGUUCGGAACUGACCUAUUACUGGCACUGUCAAAAUUUGCAAACAGAUUCGACAUUAUUUUCGAUACUUGCCCGGAGAGAUCGCUGUUAUCCGUACUCAUGAGCUUUCUCAAGCCGAAUGGUCACAUCAUUCAGCUUCGCCCAGACACGAAAUCUCGGUUGCAGUCACUACAUGGAGCAAUAGCAGCUUCCAACAUUUCUCAUUCCUUCAUAGACGUCAAUCGAGAUCCGUCUGAGGAGGCUCUUGAUUACGCGACGACCAGUUCAAAGAUUCUCGACUCAAACUGGACUACAAUGCUCGCGGCACAUCGCACAGACGAAAUCUCGAAUGGCCUUCGGACACUGGACCAUCAAACCUGCUUAGUGGUCUGCCUUGAUGAUCAAGAACUCAAUUUGAGAAAACCUAGAAUUCCCACAUUCGUCGCGAGGUCUGAUGCGACCUAUCUGAUAUCUGGCGGCCUUGGCGGCCUCGGACGAGAGAUCGCCAGAUGGCUCGUUAGUUGUGGUGCUCGCUAUUUGAUAUUGCUCUCUAGAUCUGGUCCGGAAACAGAAGAAGCCAAAGAGCUCAUGAAUGAACUGACUGCGAAUAAUGUUCUGGUAGAGGCCAAAGGCUGCAACGUGGCCGAUGCGGUGGCGCUUGCAUCGGUUCUAGCUCAAUGCACAUUGAGAGGGUUCCCUCCUAUCAGAGGUUGUAUACAGGCUGCCAUGGUCAUGAAAGAGAGAGUGUUCACCGAUCUUUCCUUCGAAGAUUGGAAGAAUGCUACAAGUCCCAAAGUCCACGGGUCGUGGAAUUUGCAUGCUCAACUUCCUCAAGAACUCGACUUUUUCGUUCUCAUCUCAUCGAGCAUGGGCGUUCUUGGAACAGGAUCCUUGGCCGGUUACAAUGCUGGUAACACAUAUCAGGAUGCAUUGGCUCGCCUCCGCGUAGCUCAGGGGGAACAUGCGGUCUCCGUCAAUCUAGGAGCAAUUUACGAUGGUGGCUAUCUAAAAGAGCGCACCCAUCAAUUGCUAGGGCCUAAGAAACUUGAAAGAUACGUGUUGAUGAGCACACAGGAGCUCUUGGCGCUCAUGGACUGGUGCUGUACCAGCGAUAUAACGACAAUCGCAGACGACCAUCCAACGGCUAAAUCCUCCAAAUCUCAGGCUAUAGUUGGUAUCAGCCCUCCGGCACAUUGGAGACACAUUGAAGAAAUCCCUGCUGUCAUGGAGAUGCCCUUCUGGGGACAUCUGCAUCAUAUGCCUGCCCCUGUUGCCAGUGGUACAGAAAAAGCAGCAGUGCAUUCUAAGCUCAAGCACGCCAGUGUCGGUCUAGAACAACGUCUGACAUCAGUCGAAUCUCUGGCUGGUUGCACCGAUGUGACCACUGAAAUGCUUCUACAACGCGUUUCCACAAUUCUAGGUACCUCGAUUGAGCGACUAGAUGUACAGAGUGCUAUCCACUCGUACGGCAUCGACUCGCUGUCAGCUAUUGAGUUACGGAAUUGGGUUCUCAAGACAUUCCGGGUAGAUUUACCCGUUUUCAAGAUCAUGGGGGGAGCGACAUUUGAGGCAGUUGGAUUCGAGAUAGCUCAGGUCCUCCAUGAAAGGAACAAACCGGAAACGUCGAAAUAG